CGCCUUGCAAGAAGGGAGCGAAGGCGUGGUAGGCGCAUUCAGCCGGCAGAGGAGGUUGUGGCGGCCGCGUUAGGAAGUAUGGACAACGCAGGGAAGGAGCGCGAGGCAGUCCAGCUGAUGGCGGAUGCCGAAAAACGACUUAAGGCCUCCCACUCCUUCCUCCGAGGGCUGUUUGGAGGAAACACAAGAAUAGAAGAGGCUUGUGAAAUGUAUACCAGAGCUGCAAAUAUGUUCAAGAUGGCUAAAAAUUGGAGUGCUGCAGGAAAUGCAUUUUGUCAGGCAGCCAAACUCCAUAUGCAGCUCCAGAGCAAACAUGAUUCUGCCACCAGCUUUGUGGAUGCUGGGAAUGCUUACAAAAAGGCAGACCCUCACGAGGCUAUCAACUGCUUAAAUGCAGCCAUCGACAUUUACACAGACAUGGGAAGGUUUACAAUCGCAGCCAAACACCACAUAACUAUUGCUGAGAUUUAUGAGACUGAACUUGUAGACAUCGAGAAGGCUAUUGCACAUUAUGAACAAUCAGCUGAUUAUUACAAAGGAGAAGAAUCCAACAGUUCAGCUAACAAGUGUCUGCUAAAGGUGGCAGCAUAUGCUGCCCAGCUUGAGCAAUACCAGAAAGCCAUCGAGAUCUAUGAGCAGGUUGGGGCAAACACCAUGGAUAAUCCUCUGUUGAAGUACAGUGCAAAGGAUUACUUCUUUAAAGCAGCCCUCUGUCACUUCAUAGUCGAUGAGUUGAAUGCCAAGCUGGCUCUUGAGAAAUAUGAGGAAAUGUUUCCAGCAUUUACUGAUUCAAGAGAAUGUAAAUUAUUGAAAAAACUUCUAGAAGCUCAUGAAGAACAGAACAGUGAAGCUUACACUGAAGCAGUGAAGGAAUUUGACUCAAUAUCUCGCUUGGAUCAGUGGCUUACUACCAUGUUGCUUCGUAUCAAAAAGUCCAUCCAAGGGGAUGGAGAAGGAGACGGAGACCUAAAGUGAAACAUUUAUACGUCUUUGUGGCAUGCAGCUAACUCCUUUUUAGUUCCUCUUAGGGCCAAGUGAUCUUUAUGGGAUGCCCAUUUAACGGCUUAGUUUUGUUGCACAUGAACCAAACAAUGCGUGUGUGUUUCUGUGUUUAUAUCACUGUUAAGCAAAUGGAUAAAAGAAUCUCCUGUGCAUAUUGUGGGCGUGAUGGGCUAUUUCAUGCUUGCCAGAGUCCCCAGAGUUUUCCGAGUACUACUUCAGAAUUUUAUUCUUGUUUGAUAUUUGCAGAGUCAUGUUUAGUUUUGCCACAUAUUCUGUCCUUUUUCUUGGACUUGAGUAUCUAACCCAAUUUGCUCUAAUCGCUGCUUUGCAUACUCUCUGUAAAUUUGCAUCUGGAUGUAUUCUCUAAGUGUAUGUAUUUAGUUUAGGGUGGUUGUUAGGAAUCAGUUGAUGACUUUCUUUAUUAUAAAUUUGUUGUUGUUAUCUUGUGAUUUUUUGAUGAUACUAAUGACCAGUUUCUGCUUUUGACAUUGUUCCCUAUGCUAACAUGCAUGUGAAAAUUCGGAACACAGGCCUGCCUGCGUCACUUAAACUUGCUUAUGUGUGUGGAUGUAUGUCAAGGUGGGUUUGACUGCUUUGUAUUUACACACACACAAAUAUAUAAGAUCUAUGAGAAAUGGAAAUUUUCCUUUUCCUAGACCUGGUUCCACUUUUAGUUGGCGGGGAAAUCCCAUUCCUUAUAUUCGCAUAAAGGUGGUGUAACUGGCAUACCCCUUUCUCUUUAUUUUCAUGGUCAUACUCUUUCCCACAUUGAGAUGCCUUCCUUUAUGCCACAGUCAUGCACAUCCUCACUGGGGCCCAGAGAUUAUAAGUCAAAGAGUGAAAAGGGGUUUCAGUAAUUUUAUCCAUUUAUUGACCAUGAUGGGUUAGGUAGGGUAUAUAUGGUACAGAGGCUUACUAUAUGCCUCCAACUAGCUUUUCAGGAGACUGUAUUUUCUUCUUAGCUGAUGGGAUUGUUUUAGCUUUUGUAUUUGAACUUUAAAUUCUAUCCUUUUAUUUUACAUAAGUGCUCUAUUAAUUUACGAACUUGACCCCUACCCAUUAUGUUACAUGCUGACAUUGUACUUAGACGUGAUCUUGUUUUUUGAAUCUCCUCUGUACAUAUUUUUUCUUAUUAAUUCUCACCCAAGGAUAUUUUUUCCCAUUGAUUUUUUUAGAGAGAGUGAAUGGGGGGGGGGGGGGGCGCGGGAGAGAGAAACAUUGAUGUGAGAAAGACACAUCAAUUGGUUGCCUCCUACACGUGACACAACCAGGGCACGGGAUCAAACCUGAUACCCAGGUGUGUGCUCUAGAUCAGGAAUCAAACCCAUGACCCUUUGGUGCGCUCUAACCACUGAGGGAAACUGUCCAGAGCUCCUCUGUGCAUAGUUUUAGGCUUAAAUGAUUUAUGUUUGAUGUGCAUUUGUUGCCAUAUAUAGCCUGUUUUUUUUCCUGACUUGUGCUGCUCUCAUUAAUGACAGGUAAUGAAAUUUCCCAUAUUAUGUUAGAUAGUAACUAGUAUUUAAAUGAUGUUUUCAUUUUUGGGUGGCCCUCAACUGGAAUUAAUAGGCUUUGUUGGAUAGAAGUAGAAUGUGCCCAGACAAAGAGCUCAGUGAGGAAGAAGGUUUGGGGAUGGUGAAUGGGUUAACCUGGGGUGAAGGAGAAAGUAGCAGAAAAAGAAAAGGGCAGCCAAGGCCCAGCUGGGAGGCUGUUUCUCAGGUGGCUGAGGAUUCCCUGGCUGUACCUGCAGAGUGAUGUGUGCAGGGUGGGCUGAUGGAGAGGAAGGCGUCAUACUAUCAUCUGAGGCAGAGGGAAUGGACCAGAAGACACGGGCACUCUGGCAUUGGGUGCUGGAAUCUGAUAAGGAUUUAUUUUUUUCCUUAAAAGUCAGGGAUUCUUAAAAGAAAGCUGGCUAUUACAGUACAAAUUUGGAAUGGAGCUUGUUUGGUACUUUAUUUCCUGUUGGACUCUCUUAUGAAAAUAUUAUAGAAAAGUGGGGUUUUGUUGCUUUAUCUAAUAUAUUCCAUAACCAUCCAACUGUGCUUUUGUAACAAGCUUUUUUCCAAAUGCACUUUUGUGAAAGUGAGGCGUGGGGAGUGCUUUUGCAGCCCAUGUCCUCUGGCCAUAGGUCUGCCCAUCUGAAGAGCAUGUAAAUCCCAGCCGGUCAACAUGCUUCUUCCAUCACUAGUUUAGAAAGUGUGUUUCCACUCUUUAAAAGAGCCUUCUGGUCUGACCACUUAAAAGUAAAAACUAAAUGCUUUUGUUUUAAGGCAGUUCCAUUUAGCUUUAUCGUGAUUCCUUAACAAACGCACCUGAACAAGAGGUAUGGUUUUUAAAAAAUUAUAUUGGUAACAUUUUGUGAUGUCAGUCAGGGACUUGCUGUUUUGAAAUAAACAAGGAUAUCAGUGCCUAAGUUAAGAAUUUUCAAAUAUUUCACACGAAAGAGUAAAAGUAACUGAUGACUAGAACAGACUUGCUAGGUGAAAGGAAAAGGAGAGGGAGAAAAUCCCAUUAACAAUAUCCAAACUUCCUUCCUUCCUUCCUUGAAAUGCUCCAUUGUUGAAUGUAGGGUAGUGCCGUGACACAGAGGCCCAAGGUAUGUUCUCAGGAUCUAGAGAAUGUUAUUUAUGAACAAAAUGUAACGACUGUUAUGUUAUAGUUCUUGUAUUUUAGCAAAUCGGGGUUUAGUUCAUAGUCAAAAUCAGUGGUGGCAACAUUUUUAUAGCUUCUGCGAGUUCCUUUUUUAUUUAAUGACUUAAAAACAGUAUUUUUGCAGUUGACUGUGUGUGAUGAUGUCACUAUAAUCAAAGUGUGUGCAUUUAUUGUUUCCUCUGAUACUGUGCGUUUAAAAUAUUCAAAUGCAAACCUGUGGCUUCCUUUGGAGGGUUUGGCAGCACAGCAUGCUGCCCGUGACCCACCUCCAGGGCCGUGCGUGCGGGGUCCUGCCUGCGAAGUUGAGCCGGUCACGGUGUUCUUUCCCAUGCUCUCCGGUGGAGUAUUGUAUUAUGGAAACUAACCAUAAAUCUACCUUAGCAGAAAAGAGUAUGUAUGUUUUGUGUGAACUUGUACAGUAAAUAAAGUGGAAAUUAUGAGUAAUAUUUUUGACAGGUCUUUCCUACUACCUAAAGCUACACAAGUCACAAGUAGCUUCCUUUUCUUGAAGUUGUUCCUAUAAGUUGAAGACAGUGAGCAUUAUUCUCUAGGUUCUUUGUCUAUGCAUUGAAAUAUAAGUUUGACUAUGUUAAAAUCUCUAUUACUUGGUGGGAAUUCAGGGCACUGUAAUGGUUUUGGAAGCUGGGGGUUUACAAAAGAAGCCCUGGCUUUAGUGUGUUGAUAUAAUCCGCAAAGUUUGCAGUGACUCUACGCCUCCCAUUCUCAUCCCGUUUAGCUGCCCUAUUAAGGAGUGUUGGGCUACAGUCACUUGCAAAGUUGAGGAUUGGUUCACAGAAAACUGCUAGGUGGGGGUGGGGAUGAAGGAACCAUGAAGCCCCUCAACUCUGUUGGCAGUGUGGGCAUUUAUUUACCUUUGCAGAUACCUGUACAGGGUCAGCACAUGCCCCUGGGGAAGGUUGAACCCCCCUGGCCACUCAGGCCACAAGUUCUAUGGAGGAAGAGGGUGCCAUGUGGGGAACUGUGGGUCAGCUCAUCCCAUCAAAGAGCAGUGUUAUAGUCUGUGAGUAUAUUUACAACUUAAAGAUAAUUCAAACUAAAUUUUGAAAAAAGAAUGGUAUAACAGGCCAUCUUAGGAAUCCUGAGAAGCUGUUGAUCAUUCAAGGUUAGUUUAUCUCACAGUCAUUAUUUCCUAACAGAAAGAAGCCACAGUGAUGGUUUAAAAACCUGGUUUUGCCAGCCUUGGUAAGAGUCCCUGUAAAAUUGGCAAAGGUAAGUGUGUGGUUUCUGGGGCUUGGCUAGGUGACAUGCUAUUUGGUCCUCUGACCUGUCUUUGAAGCUUGCUCAGUCAUACUGCCCCCAUCUAGAUAAUAGUAACAUGUGAACAAAUGGUCCUUCACACAAGUGUCCUCCCGCCACUGAAAUAAUAUGGUUACUUCAAGUUUCACACUGUCAAGUUUAAUUAAAGGGACAAUCACUCAUUUUAUCUCAAAAAAUGUCCCUGGGUGCAAGGUAUAAAAUUUAACAGGUUAGGAUUAAAUUAUAAUCCAUACUCAAAUUUGUUGGUUUGGAUUAUCGAUAGCAAAACCACAUUUCUCUUAAAGUUACCUUUUU